AUGGGACAAUUGGCGACCGAUGUGAACCUAUUGAAAGCUCAAGAAUCCACAAAGCUUCCUUCACAACCAUUUGUGAAUCCAAGAGAGAGUAACUCAAUUUCCUUGAGGAGUGGAAAACAAGUGGAGAAACCAAAUCAACAAGAUAAGGUGCAUGAAAAGUUAGUCGAAGACAAAGAAGAAACCACACCAAAGGAUAAUUCCAAGGAACCGGUUCCUACUUUCACCACUCCACCCCCGUUUCCUAGCCUAUUUUCUAAGUCGAAGAAAGAGUUGGAAUACAAGGAUAUUUGGGAUAUCCUUAAAAAAGUACAAGUCAAUAUUCCACUCAUUGAACCUAUUCGACAAAUUCCUCGUUGUGCAAAGUUCUUAAAGGAUUUGUGCAUGAAUAAGAAAAGAUUAAAAGGGAAUGAAGUCAUGAGUGUGGGGGAGAAUGCUUCGGCGUUCAUUCUCAAGAAACUCCCACCUAAAUUAAAGGACCCCGGUAGUUUCACCAUACCUUGCACAAUCGGUAAAACAAGGUUUACUCGAGCUUUGCUAGAUUUGGGAGCAUCGAUUAAUGUUAUGCCUUUCUCGAUUUAUGAUUCUUUAAAUCUCGGUCCUCUUAAGGAGACCGGAGUUAAUGAGCUUGUAUUCCCGACCGAUUUCUAUGUCUUAGACAUGAAUGAUGAGAACUUUCUGAAGUCUACACCUUUGUUAUUGGGUAGACCAUUCUUAAGCACCGCUGGAACGAAGAUUGAUGUCCAAAAUGGGACAUUGACUAUGGAGUUUGAUGGUGCGGUCAUCCACUUCAAUAUCUUUGAGACAAUGAUAUACCCAAGUGAUGUGAAGUCAUGUUUUCCCAUUAAAUGCGGGUUAAUGAAUCAUGCAAGAGCUAAGUCGGGUCAUCGACUUUAA